AUGGGGUCAGUUUCAGUUUCUUUGUAUAUUGCGGUAGUAUUUGUUUCAGUUGCGGUAAUAAGCACAAGUAUAUGGGCUAUUCCAACUACACUUGAUGGACCUUUCAAGCCUGCGACAGUGGAUCUUGAUAAGAGUUUUCGUGGGCAUGCCAUAGACUUGCCUGACACCGAUCCUCGAGUUCAAAGGACUGUUAAGGUUUGGAAGCCUGAGCAAAUCUCACUCUCUCUUUCUACAAACCAUGACUCAGUCUGGAUAUCUUGGGUUACAGGGGAAUUUCAGAUAGGCAAUGAUGUAAAGCAAUUGGAUCCAAAAAGGGUGGGAAGCGUUGUUAGAUAUGGCAGGUUGCGAUUCGCAUUGACAAAUCGAGCAGUGGGCCAUUCCCUAGUUUACAGCCAACUUUAUCAAUUCCAAGGCCUCCAAAACUAUACCUCUGGAAUUAUUCAUCACGUUCGUCUCACUGGUUUGAAACCUAACACCUUAUAUUACUACCAAUGUGGAGAUCCAUCCAUCCCAGCAACGAGUGAUGUUUACUAUUUUAGAACAAUGCCAGUUUCUGGUCCAAGGAAUUAUCCGGGAAGAAUAGGAAUGGUUGGAGACCUGGGGCUUACUUAUAAUACAACUUCAACAAUUGGUCACCUGAUGACAAAUCAUCCUGAUCUUGUCCUGUUACUUGGGGAUGCAAGCUAUGCAAACUUGUAUCUUACCAAUGGAACUGGUUCUGAUUGCUACUCCUGCUCCUUUCCUGAUAGCCCUAUUCAUGAAACCUAUCAGCCUCGUUGGGAUUAUUGGGGAAGAUUUAUGCAGGCUCUGGUGUCUAAAGUUCCGAUGAUGAUGAUAGAAGGGAACCAUGAGAUAGAAGAACAGGCUGAGAAUCAGACAUUUGCAGCUUACCGUGCUCGAUUUGCAUUUCCAUCCGAAGAAAGUGGAUCAUCAUCUACAUUCUAUUAUUCUUUUAAUGCAGGUGGCAUUCAUUUUGUGAUGCUAGGCGGCUAUGCCAACUAUAACAAAUCAGGGGAUCAAUACCGGUGGUUAAAGAAGGACCUAGAUAAAGUUGACAGAAAAGUGACUCCAUGGUUAGUGGCAACAUGGCAUCCUCCUUGGUACAGCACCUAUACUGCACAUUAUAGAGAAGCAGAGUGUAUGAGGGUCGCAAUGGAAGAAUUAUUAUACAAGUAUGGAGUUGACAUAGUCUUCAAUGGACAUGUUCAUGCCUAUGAGAGGUCAAACCGAGUGUAUAAUUACAGUUUGGAUCCUUGUGGUCCUGUGCAUAUUACAGUUGGUGAUGGUGGCAACCGAGAGAAAAUGGCAAUUACACAUGCCGAUGAACCUGGAAACUGCCCGGAACCAUCAACCACGCCGGAUAAAUUUAUGGGUGGGUUUUGUGCAUUUAACUUUACAUCUGGCCCCGCAGCAGGUAAAUUCUGCUGGGACAGGCAGCCUGAUUAUAGUGCAUACAGAGAAAGCAGCUUUGGCCAUGGAAUUCUAGAGGUGAAAAAUGAGACUCAUGCUCUGUGGACAUGGUACCGCAAUCAGGACGCUUAUGGCACUGCAGGUGAUGUGAUUUAUAUAGUGAGGCAACCUGAUAGAUGCCCUGUUGAACCAGAGUUAAUGGGGGAUUUCCAUCAACCCUUGAAGGACCUUUCAAGCCAGUUACUGUGCCUGUAAACUAUAGCAUUCUUGGAAAAAUGACUGGCUUGCCAACUGAUAAGUAUCC